GCCAAUUCUCCAGCUCGCUCACCUUUGAACUCAACGUCAAUAGCACUACGCGCGAAGCUAUAGAACUGGCGACACCCUUUCACCAACCGACUUGUUUUCCUCCACAAACAAUCUAUUGAUCGCAGUGCAGUCAAGACGCCGUCGUUUUCGAGGCAAAACCCUCAACAAUGGCGUCAUUAAACCUUUCCAUAAACGGUCCCUCAAUCAAGAGCAGCUACCAAGGCGUCGUCAACGGCCAGCUCCCGUCCUCAAGCUCCCCUACAUUUGCCCAAUGGGCCCUGUUCUCUGUCCAGGCGCCACUCUUGAAUGCUUUUCAGGAUAGCGGAGCAAAGGAAAGCAUCCUCAAGGUUGAGUCCAAGGGCGAUGGCGAACUCUCUGAGCUUCUCGAGGACUUCAACGAGGGUCGUAUUCAGUUUGCGUUCGUCAAAGUCAAAGACACAAACUCGGGUCUACCCAAGAACGUGCUAAUUGCAUGGUGCGGCGGAGGCGUCCCAGAAAGAACCAAGGGCUACUUUACCAGCCACCUCGCCGCCGUCUCCAAAGUUCUCCACGGAUACCACGUCCAAAUUACUGCCCGCUCUGAUGCGGACUUGAGCCCUGAGUCUAUUAUCCAAAAGGUCGCCGAUGCUUCCGGCGCCAAGUACACUGCCGGUGGAUCUGCUCCCUCCCCGGCCCCUGCCGGUGGCCCGCCUCCUGUCGCGAAGAAGCCGGUUUUCACGCCCAAGACAUCGAGCGGUGCAGGAUCCUUCAACCCGCUGGUGGAAGCUCGACGGAGAAAAGAUGAGGAGGUGGAUGCAGAUGGUUGGGGAGCUGAUGCGCCUCCCGUUAACCGGACCGAGAUUCAGAAAGUUGAAUCGGCCUACAAACCUACCAAAGUUAACAUGGCGGAGCUGGUAAAGCAGAAGCAGGAACCCUCAAGGUUUAACGGUGGUAGUGCCGCUCAGGAUGACAGGCCUGAGGUGGUUAGGGGUGCCUAUCAACCUGUAGGCAAGGUCGACAUCGCAGCUAUUCGAGCCGCGGCCAAGGAAAAGCAGGACGACCGGCCUACAGUAGUGAAGGGUGCGUAUGAGCCCGUCGGUAAGGUCGAUAUUGCAGCCAUCCGCGCCAAGGCUCAGAAACCCGCAGCCGCAGCCGACGAAAGCGAGGACAGACCUAAGACACUUUCGGAGCGGAGCAGUGCGUUCUCUGCGCCGCAAUCCGAAAGGCUAGCAUCUUUGCCCAAACCAAAGGUGGCCAAUAAAUUUGCCGGGGCAUCUUCGUUCACUGGCACGAAAGCUCCAGUCCCAGGUGCAUUUGGCCUGGCUUCUCCCUCGGUCUCAGUUCCCGCCCCGCCCCCAGUUGGUGCUGCCAGCCGUACCUUUGCCGAUCAAGGCGGAAAGACUCCUGCACAGCUCUGGGCUGAGAAGAAAGGCAAGCAAGGGCUUACGCCUACCUCUACGGGAGCUCCGGCGCCUGGACCUGCGUCCCCUGUGGCUGCCCAAAAGAGCGGCGGUGGUGGGUGGCAGAGCGGUUAUCAGGGUAAGAGCUGGGGCACUGUUCAGACGACCAACUUUGGGCGCGGUGGCGCUGCAGUUGUUGAGCAGAGGACCGGUGGCGACGACCAGGAACAAGAGCAUGAGCAGGAGAAGCCAGCAUCGCCCGCUGGUGUGUCUUCCAUUCGCGAUCGCGUUAAAGAGGCCCCUCCCAUGGGCAGCGCCGCUCCAAGCGCGCCCAAGGCCCCCGGCGGGGGCGACCGCAGUGUCGAUGAGCCUACUCCUCCGCCUCCAAACAUGUCAAACCGCCCAGCCGCACCUGCCGGGGGUUUUGCACUUCCAGGCCUGCCACAACGCCCCCCUGAGCCGGAAGAAGAAGAAGAGGAAGAACCCGAGAGGUCUCCGUCGCCCCCUCGUGUUGCGAUGCCUGUUCCCCGCGGACCCGAACCCGAGAUCGAACCGCCAGCACCCGAGCCGACUAUCCCAACCCGUGAAAUCGAGCGUGCGCUUCCCAAAGAGGAGGAGCUUGAGGAGGCGCACGACACCCAGGCGCGAGCUGCAGCCACUGCGGUCGCUGAGCAGCAGUUUGGCCAGGCUCAAGUCGCAGCAGGCCAACCAUCCACGGGCGGAGGAAAACGUGCAUUGAUUCAAUACGACUACGAAGCGGCCGAGGAUAAUGAGAUAGAGCUUGUUGAUGGCCAGUACGUCACCGAUAUCGAGAUGGUGGACGAGGAUUGGUGGAUGGGCACAAACUCCCGGGGUGAACGUGGACUGUUCCCCAGCAACUAUGUCGAACUUGUCGAAGACGAUGACGCUGGCGCCGCUGCGCCACCGCCACCGGCACCUGCUCCAGCACCGGCACAGGCUCCUGCUGCUGCCCCUGCCCCUGCCGCUCCUGCUGCACAAUCACAGGCGGCGAAGGGCCCUACAGCCACGGCUCUAUACGACUAUGAAGCCGCGGAAGACAAUGAACUGAGCUUUCCCGAAGGAGCAAAAGUAAUGAACCUCGAGUUCCCCGACGAAGAUUGGUGGUUCGGCCACUACCAGGGCAAGUCCGGCCUGUUCCCCGCAAACUACGUAGAGCUUGAUCAGUAGAUCGAAGCUGGCCAAGCAAAUUGAACGGUGUCCGGUAAAUAUACCGAGAUCAAAUGGUGGAGAAGCUUUUAGCCUUGCGGUCUUAUGAAAAUCACAAGAAAAAGAUGUGGUGGAGCCAAUGUCACGCUGGUGUGAACUCCAUUCCAAUGCAGUAUGGUGUUGUCUAAAAUAGCAGAAUUUGAUAGCAGUUGCUCUAUCUGAACUACAAAGAUGCCAAUUUGUUUGUUCUUGCCAGUAUCCGCUUUGUCUCGUGGGAGGAUUGGUUAUUCACGCAGUCAUUGUAGUAAGUUGCAAGAACUGUCCCGAGAUUCAGUUGAAGAUCUAACACGAAGUCAUGAAUGAAAAAGAGUGGUUUAUAGUUAUACAGACAGGCUGCAAUCUAGGAAGCAUGCGAUAUGAAAAUGGAAGCUAUAACAAGCCUUGUUCAACCUUUUCCACGUUUAUGGGUAUCGAGAACCAUGCAAUAAACCCUAAGAACCGGACGAACGAGUAAAAUAAACAGCCCAAAACAAAACAAAACAAAAAAAAAAAAAAAAGA